CAACAGUCAACAUGGUAAACAUUAACAGCUGAUUGAGUGAAAUGCUGUUUUAAUUGAUAAAAAAUAUAUAAAUAUAGAUUUUUAAGGCUAGGAGUUUACCUGAACAUAAACAAUAUAAUAUAAGUUUCUCGUAAUCAAAAUGUUUUAAUAGCCACGAGGUGACUUCGUGAAAAACCAAUACUUAUGGCGUAAAAAACAAUAAAAACUAUAUGAAAUGCACUAUGUCUCGUUUUAAAUUAUUCAGUUUUUUAAAGACGGCUUAUAGAUUGAGUAGGAAAACGUUAUCAACCAAAUAUCAUUUUGUGCCUGUGACUUAUUGCUUAUUAAGCACGGUGCGAUGUGAAGAUAACGUUAAACCGUCACAGGAAUCUUGGGAUGCCAACAGCUUAGACCAUGAAUUUCUAAUUCGUCAAGCAACCACAUGUAAUGUUAAUGCCGCAACCCAACUUCUUACUGUUACUAUAGUUGCAAUUCAAGAUACAAGCGAAAGAUUAAGGGAUGUUUUAGCUGAAGAAAUAUUUUUAAUGAAGCAAGCUAUGGAAUGGGGAGAUGCAACACCUCCUAAUCAUUGGGACCAACUUGUGGCAAUUCGAGGUUCACUUUCUGACCUCAAGCAUAAUCUUAGUACAUUAUUUGGUUAUAUGGAUUAUGCGGAGAAGCUGGCAACAAUAGCAGCCGAGAUAUCUUAUUCAUCUGGGAACACUACAGCAUCAGAUGCUAUUUGUCAAAGAAUCGAUCAUGCAAGCAGGACUUGCAAAACUCAGAUGAAAUUGAACCAGGAGCUGCAACAAGAAAGUUUGGAGUUACAACAGCAAGCGAUAAUACAGUCGCCCGAUUUAGAAGAAAAAUUAACGAGUAAAAAGCCAACAAAAAAGUAAUAUACAUUAAAAAUAAAAUGUUUAUGCAACACUCAGAUAAGAAAUCGUACACGACAUGUCUACGGAUCUAAAGCAUCGAAAUGAAUCACUGCGAGUGAUACACAGGUGCGACACAGGGGCGGACCGUUAGUUGGUAGGGCAAAUUGGGGGCCCCUAACUGAACAUUUUUUUAAAAUUUAAGUAAGUAACGGAACUACUAGCAGAUGGUGUCUAACAUCUUUAAGAUGCAAACGUUUAACUCAACAAAAUGUUUCCUGCCUUCCCCCAAUUGUAAAACCUAUAAGGCUAUAAAAUCUUUGAUUCGCUUUUUUUCACGACAACUGUACGGUAUUUACCAUGCUUAAAUCGAAACUUAAAUUUUUUGUCAACCUUUGGUUCAAUUCAAAUAGUUUCUACUGUAAUUAGAAAUAAUCCGUCAGAAUAUAUAUUUUAGAACAAAAA